AUGCACUCAUGCCCCCUGAAAGACAGAUCUUACGCACAACGUCAAGCUACUGCAAAACUAAUCGGUAGUCUUCUGACAGACAAGUAUAAAGACCCAAAAACAAUAUACACUCCUAAUGACAUAAUUGGAGACAUGAACAAGCAGUAUGGUCUUCAGAUGACAUAUAUGCAAGCAUGGAGAUCGAAAGAAUAUGCAGUUCAAGUACUGAGAGGGAACCCGAGCGAAUCAUAUGAAAAGCUGCCAAGCUACUUUUAUAUGCUGGUUCUUACAAAUCCUAUGUCGGUGUAUUGCAAACCGGUUGUUGUUGUAGAUGGAACCUUUCUUAAAUCGGCAUAUAGAGGAACAUUAUUGAUAGCAUCGACACAAGAUCCAGCAGGUAAUAUCCUACCACUCGCAUAUGCCAUAGUAGAUUCAGAGAAUAAUGCUUCCUGGGAGUGGUUUUUUGCGAGAUUCAAGGAUGCAUUUGGGGAAAAGGAGGGAAUGUGCAUAGUCUCGGACAGGCAUGAAGGCAUUGAAAAUGCAGCGGCAACAUUGUAUCCACAAGUACCUCAUUGUGUCUGCAUAUGCCAUCUAUGGAAUAAUGUAAAAAAAAAUUACAAAAAAAACCAUUUGCUGCUCAAAGACAUAUUCUUUGCUAUGGCCAAAGCAUACACAGUUGAGAAGUUUGAUUACCACAUGGCAGAGGUAGAGAAAAUUGAUAAGAGGGUCAAAGAUUACUUAAUGAAUGUUGGGUAUGAAAGAUGGUCCAGAGCACAUUCCACUGUCAAUAGAACAUUGACGAUAACUUCAAACAUUGCGGAGUCGAUCAAUGCAGCACUCAAUGCUGCUAGGGAACUCCCAGUACUGCCUUUGCUAGACUACAUAAGGAAAUUGAUCGGAUGA